AUGGCUUCUCCAGCAAAACGGGGCGAGGCCCAUGUGAGCUCAUUGCCUCAGCGGUCGCCCGAGUUCAGCUGUUUGGAGAUACGAGGUACCUGGAAUGGCGAUGAGCUUGAGCCGGUAGUCCUUAGAAUCUCCCUUGAGGUUCGAUGCGUCCCAAACACACAACUUCAGCUUCUCAGCACCAGAUCUGCAAACAUAUCUCUCAUCAAGACCUUCUCCAUCCGCCUGCGGUCUAACGAAUGGGGCCAAGGAAACCAGUCGAGUGACAGUUCGCCUCAAAGCCCAUUGUUCGCUUUUUCCGCACCAGAGUCUGAUGACGGUACCACUUCUUACAACUCCCGCACUCCAGAGGGAGAUCUCUUUACCGCAGCGAGAGAAUCCCCAACCAGCUCUCAGGAUGCAACUGUGUUUUCUUCCGUUGAAAGUAUCGCAGACUGCGGCAACGACGAGGAACUUGAGCCCUCGUCACACCUCUUCUCCUCACCACCCGAUCUCUCUUCUGAACUUCGCUUGAACGUUGCAGAUUGUGCCGAUUGGAUCAAGACGCAGAACCCAGGUCGGAAGAGGAGUGCAUCUGACGCAUCCCUUACUGAUUCUGGGUCUGAUUCUGGCGGUGUUAAAUCAGCCUCGGAGCCUCAUAAGCGAACUCAAAAUGCAAGCGAGGGGAAGGAAAGAACGCUCCAGUCUUCAAUUCAGUCUUCAGAGCGAAACUCUCCCAGGAAACAUUCCAGAACACUUAGCAUGAUCCCAAAGCCCGUAACUCGGCUGGACAAGGACAUGGUGAGAGGAACAGUCUCUAUUGCAGCCCCAAAUGCGUUGCAGGAUACAUCAACCGCUGCGCAUAGUAAACAGCCUACUGAAGAGAGAGAUGCUCCCACACCAACCCAGGCCAGUAUGACUGAAACAUUCCGCAGAAAGCGGGGAGACCCAGACUUCAUCGUCACGUCGAUUUCUGAGGAAUUUCCAGGCGCUUUUGAAGCGAAUGAACCGGUAGCUGCAGAGGUCGCUAAGGGCACAAAAUCUAACUCUGAAAAGGACUUCCCUGUGUCAGCCCUUGGCAUGCACGAUGUCCUAGAUGGUCUUUGUAUUCAAACCGAGCCCGAGGGUCCGACAAUCACCAUUGACCAACGUGUUGAGCCGGAAACAUUGAGCCAUACAUCCCAUCGAGACAUGACCAAAACCCCAGUUCCCGAGCACGAUGAUGCGGACCAAACUCUGGCGCAUGGUCCUAAUGAUCACCUAGCCUGUGACUUGGAAGACUACCAAUCGUCCAUGAACGAGCCCAAGCUCGACUUUGAGGAUGGAAUCCUCUGCAUUCGAAACCCCGAAAAUGUAAGGCCAGCAAUCUACAAGUUCACCGUGACUGUGUCUGUCCUUCUUGAGAAAGACAAGUCGAAAGGAUGGAGUAAUCUGGUCAUUCCUGGUCUUCCUAGGAUGAGGGCUGGCGAGAGUGGAUUUUUCCUAUUUCAGAUCCCUGAGAACCAUGGCUUAGAGUUCCGCACUACCAACUUGCAGCGCUACAAGAUUGUGGAGAACUGCUUCUUCGCUGAAUUCGUCAACCACGGAGACCUUGUCGUUCCUUUACGGGUCUGCGACCAGAAAUUCUACGGCAUUGUCAAGGACUUCACCGUGGACCAGGAGAUUCGAGCCGACCACCAAGUCAUUGCCAGCGCCGAUCAUGAGGACAAUGGCAUGCAAGCGGAUGUGAUAAUAAAUUACAUUGCGAUGUGCUCAUUGAGGCUGCAUAAUCGCUGUUUCUGGGCGGAAAAGUGUUGCUUCUUCCUACGUUUGGAUGGCGGGCCUGACGGUCGUUUUCAUUGCCGGCUUGAGCCUCAGGAGACGGGCCUGCAGAUGAUCAACUUGGAAAACAAAGGAAUUCCAGUCGGAGUUUCUUACCUCCAGGUCAUUUGCUCUCCCAAAGAUCUGAAUACAUUUGGUGUGGCUUGGAAGGUCAAACUUCCUGGUCAACAAGCUAUAAACUGGCUACCACGGAUCUAUCCGGUCUCAUCAACCACUUGUGAGAGUAACAGGAACAAUCUUCGCCAAAUAUUUACUGAGCUGGAAGCGGAAUAUCGCAAGGAAACAGCACACCAACUCGCAAAGGUAGUGGAGUUCGAUCGGGAAGAUGUCCGGGGCCAGCACAACGCAGAUAACUCGGAAGAUCGCGAAGAAGAUCUUGUUCAGUCAGGAAAGGAUUUCUUCGACGGACCAUUUCCGCCUGAGGAAAAAGCCCAGAUGUUGAAGACGUCAAUCGCGAACGUAGUGGUUGACUCCAUGGCAUAUUGCAUGCAAAGCUUAAUUAUAAGCCUUUGUAUCUCGAUGAUCUGGGUGAUCCUCACGUCUUAUCUCGAGCUCCCUCCUUGCCCUAGCGUGUCGAACUGUACUUUGAGCAAAACAUACACGAACUUGACUGCUGCAAACGGCGAGCUAAUCGGACUAGGUUUUCCAAGCGAUGAAGACUGGGAAUCUCGGCCUGAGCUAUUGGAUAAUGAGCUUGCGCCAGAGCGAGCCAUUGCGAGCGACACGCCAGAGAUCAUUCAAGAGACUUACAUGGCAGGCGUCGGUUUAAGUGAUCUGGAAUCUGGACUUGCGGAUCGCGGUGAGACAGGGGACAUUGGAGAGAAGGUUGUGGAAGACAAGGACACGCCAACAGCGAACGUCAAGUCUGGUAACAGCCAGGAUCAACCUCAUUUCUCCGUCAGGGACAGGAUUGAUUACUGGCUUGGAUGGAUGGGGCCCGUUGCCGAUGAGCUCUAG